UUUCUUUUCUGCUGACACUUUCGAAGGUCUUUUCUCGGCAUUCGAUAUAAAAAGUCCGUUGAAAAUCUACUGCUCUUCAGUUGCAAGCCGUACAGUUGCAAAUACCAAUCUCGAAAGCAAUCUUUAUCAAAAUGCGUUUAUUCUCCAAUGUUAUGUGGACCUCGUUGCUGGUAGCUGCUUUGGUUUUCUCAUCAUCCGACGCACACAAAAAAGGAAGAGGAGGCGGUGGGAUUGGAAGGGGUCAUGGUGGCUAUGGUAAGUGUUGCUUCUUGAACGUCCGAGACCAAUCAGGUGGCCAACAAAGUCUAGGCUACGGUGGUGGUCAUACAUUACCGGUGAGUUCGGGACAUGGUGGCUAUUCGUCGCAUGGAGGAUACGGUGGCCACAUCUCUCCGAUGAAAGGAGGACAACACAGCAGUCACAGAGCACCCGUGAGAGGAGGGUAUGGAGGUAAAAUUGCACCAAUAAGCGGAGGGUACGGUGGUCACGGAUCACCUGCAGGUGGAGGGCACGUCAAUGGUCACGCCGCCCUCGUUAGUGGUGGGUAUGGUGGACAUGGUGCACCAAUCGGUGGAGGAUACGAUGGUCAUCCUUCUCCUGUUAGCGGAGGGUACGGCAGUAGCCAAGCGGUCCGUCUGCCUAAGAGUGGAGGUUAUAGCAACAAUUACGCUGCACCUGUGAGCGGAGGAUAUGGUGGUCAUGCUGCGUCAAUGAUCGGAGGAUUCGAGGGACAUUCUGCGUCAGCAGGAAAAGAACAUGGUGGUCACGCAGCUCAAACGAACGGAGUAUACGGUGGUCAUGCUGCGCCAAAAAGUGGAGGAUAUGGAGGUCAUGCUGCUCCGAUGAAGGGAGGAUAUGGAGGUCACGAAGCAUCGGCAGGCAAAGGUUACGGUGUCCAGGGAUCACAAAUGAGGGGGGGAUAUGGAGGUCAUUCUGCACCGAUGAGUGGAGGUUAUGGAAGUCACGCUGCUGGAAAAGGCUACGGUCGUUAAAAAAGGCAGUUAGAAAAAAGCUUCAGUAGCGUCUCGAGAUCGGCAAUCCGACCAUUUAAUUGAAAUUAACCACUCGUCAGAAGAAAUUUCCAGUCAAGAAAUUUCCGUCCUUUGAUCCAAAUGAAAUGAAUUUUCGGAAAAUACACGUUUUUUUAUUAAA